AUGUGUCAUCAUUUGGAAUCGAGACGCAAUCGCUUUAACAGAAUCAUACUUAAGAAAGACGUAAACAGAAUGUUUUCACUUAUCAUAACAUAUUUUACUCCUGAUCAAAAUAUUGUUACCGUUUUUAAACCAGUUUAUAUUUUACUAUCUAUCGUAGGGCUGUUUCCCUAUUCUAUUAAGUUUCCAAAAGGAAGACAUGCUUUCAAAAUAACACGUAAGACUUUUACUCUCCAUUCUCUUUGCGGUCUGGCCAUGUUUGUAUUUCUUUGUUACAAUUGCUUCUACAAAUUUAAAACAUUGAUAAGUACCAUAAAUAAACACAGAUCCAUGAAUUUAAUUACACACAUUAAUUAUUUUGUCGGAAUAUUUUCUAGAUUGAUUUGUGACGUCGCUAUAUAUUAUUAUACGGUCAGAAACGCUAAAGUUUACGUAAAUAUACUUCAAGAAAUUGCUUUUCGUUGGUCUGAAUUGGGUUUAGUUAACGUUAACGUUAACGUUAAUCCUAUACAGCGAUAUCUGCAUAAACGUUUGGUUGUGGCGCCUCUACUCUGGUUCUUGUUCUUUUUGAUAUUUCGUCUGGAAAUAUAUUACGCGGCGCGGAGCAUAAUAUAUUUGGCCUUGGCAUAUUUCUAUUUUUACCUGAAGUGAUUACCAGUUUAGUGGUGAUUUUCUAUAGUUCCCUGAUCCUGUUGGUAGUAGGUUUGUUGAAGAACAUUGAGAUGCAUUGUAAGAUGCUAGUAAAAAUGAAACAUGGGGUGUGCGGAACAAAUUCUAACGAUGUAGAUAAUCGCAAUUCCCUCCAGCAUUUAGAGCGAACUUAUGUAAAAGCAUUGGAAAUGAAACGAGAAAUUGGUAAAGCAUUUGAGACUCCUCUUGCCAUUAUCAUUUGUCUAUGCUUCCACACGGCAUUACGAAGUACGCAUACCAUGUACCAUGGCCUAGUCAUUUCUAAAACGAUUAACUAUUACAAAAUUGCUGAAAGGAGUUUUUGGAUUCUGUAUCCUUUAGCGAAAAUCUACGUUUUGGCUUAUACAGGAAACCAGUUGCAAAACGAGGUUAGCAAAAUAGGUGAAACGCUACAUAAUAUACCAACCGGGGACCAGGAAAGGCAUUGUCUGGAGGUCCAACAUUUCAUCAGCCUCAUGUCGUUUCAUAAGCCAGAAAUAACGAUCUACGAUUAUUUUGCUAUGGACAUAACGCUAUUUUUCAGUGUAAUGGCGGGUCUGGUGACGUACGUGAUAUUACUGGUGCAGAUCGACACUCCGCCCAGUUCUACUGCCACUGGUUUCACUUUCGUCGGCUUUCGAGAAUGUUGUCUGUGAAUUAUUUGAAUGUAUAAGGUGCUAACAAAUUAGUCACGGAUAUUUUCAGAGACAUUACAUUAAAACAAUUAACUUUUAACUGUAGUUAAGGAACCUUUGUAUAUCAUUUUUUUGCUUUCAUUUACCGAACAAAAAUAAAAUAUUAGGUAUAAUUAAUUUUUAAAAUAAUCACCCUAUUAUGUACCUAUCAAGAUGUUUAACACUGUCUGUCAUGUCACGUCAAAGGUUGUUUUUCUUAAAUGUCAUUAUGAUUCGGCGGAAAUGAUAGUUUAAAGAGGUUCUAGAAUGUCUAAAGAGGUCUCAUUUAAUUAUCUUAUUAACAGGGUGUUUAAACGUAGCAAAUUUGUUUCCUAGAUUUCUCAAAAAAAAAACAUAACAAAAUCAAUGUUGUUUACUACUUAAAUAUAUAUACUCCG